AUGGACCAUCAACAGGACGUAAAUGCGCAGGUACCACAUAUUAACCGUGUUGCGGUGAAGAUUCCACCAUUCUGGGACGCGGAUCCGCAAUUGUGGUUUAUCAACGUGGAAACGCAGUUCGCUUUGGGACAGAUCACCGCCGACGACACUAAGUACAACUACGUGGUGAGCUCAUUAGACCCAAAAUACUGGGCAGAAGUGCGGGACAUUCUGUCCAACCCUCCGCCAACGGGCAAGUACGAAAAAUUAAAAUCCGAACUGAUCCGCCGAUUAAGCGCAACGCAGGACCAGAAAACGCGACGAUUGCUGGAACACGAAGAAAUCGGAGACCGGAAACCGUCACAAUUUCUAAGGCAUCUCCGAGCGUUGGCUGGUACCGUCAUUCCCGACGACGUGUUACGACCCCUGUGGUGUGACCGGUUACCAACGUUCACACAGGCUAUUCUAGCGUCUCAAAAACAGAAAAUAUUAGAUGAGUUAGCGGAUUUGGCGGACGCCGUGGCCGACGCGAACCCACGAGGCCGCGUCGAAGAGACCGCUACUGGUGUGCUACCCCUACAGGCGAUGCUACAACAGAUGGCGUCCAGAUGGCAAUCCGGACCUUCACGGCGCAAUCGGUCAAAAUCGCGUACACGGUACGACCAAAAUGACAAUAACGGCUUGUGCUGGUAUCAUGCGCGAUUCGGGGACAGUGCUACGAAGUGCAAACCGCCAUGUUCGCGUAAUUCGGGAAACGGGACGGGCCGUCACUGA